AUGGCAGAUAAGAGCUAUGAUAUCACCGAGUCAAGCCCCUACGGAGCAUCCAAAGACGACGGAUCGCAGUGGGGUACCAAAAAUGUGGACGAGCAGAGUAUCCGGUCGGAGGGCCGCGACGAGGAGGCCGACCCGUUUGCGAAGCCGCUGAAGCGACAAUUGAAGUCGCGGCAUCUACAGAUGAUUGCGAUUGGCGGUAUUAUUGGGCCUGGCCUGUUGGUUAAUUCUGGAAGUGCGCUGGCGCAGGGUGGCCCUGCAGGAGCUUUGAUUAGCUUCUGCUUGGUUGGCAUCAUUGUGUUUUUCGUCAUGCAAUCGUUGGGCGAAAUGGCUACAUUAAUUCCAGUAUCGGGGUCAUUUAUCGAGUAUGCGGAGCGGUUUAUCGACGAUGCGCUGGCGUUUGGACUCGGGUGGGCAUAUUGGUAUCUAUGGGUUACGGUUCUCGCGAACGAGUACAACUCUAUCUCCCUAGUUAUCGGAUACUGGACGCAAGCGGUGCCCCAAUGGGGCUGGAUUCUCAUAUUCUGGUUUUUGUUUCUGACUCUUUCGAAUCUGGGCAUUUUAGCCUACGGUGAAAUGGAGUUUUGGCUGUCGAUUAUCAAAGUUAUCGCUUUGAUCGUGUUUUUCAUUUUAGCGAUUUGCAUCAGCGCGGGUGCCAUCGGCCCUCAAACGAUUGGGUUCAAGUACUGGCAUAAUCCGGGGGCGUUCGCAGAUGGAAUCAACGGCGUGGCGAAGAUUUUCGUCGUGGCAGGAACAUUGUACGCGGGUACAGAAAUGGUCGGUAUUACCGCGGGCGAAUCGACAAAUCCGCGAAAGGCAGUCCCCAGAGCUAUCAAGCAAGUCUUCUGGCGUAUUCUUAUCUUUUAUGUCGGCACAAUUUUCUUCAUUGGCAUUCUCAUGCCAUACAAUAACAAGGAGCUGCUCAGCGGCUCUUCCAAAACUGCGAGCUCGCCGCUCACCAUUGCUCUAUCCGAAGCCGGCAUUCUUCCCGCGGCGCACUUGAUCAAUGCCCUGAUCGUGAUCAGUGUCAUCUCUGCUGGAAAUAGUUCCCUAUACGUUGGCUCUCGAACCCUUCUCUACAUGUCACGAAGCCGGAAGGCUCCCAAGUUCAUUGGACGAACCAACCGUGCCGGGGUUCCUUGGGUGGGGCUGAUCUUCACGAACGUCUUUGCAUGCAUUGUGUUCCUCGAGCUUGGCUCAAGCGCUGGAACAGUGUUUGAGGCCCUUAUCACGCUAUCUGGAGUGGCCACAUUCAUUGUCUGGGCCGUCAUCGGCGUCUGCCAUAUUCGAUUCCGUCGUGCUUUGGUGGCACAAGGGCAGGACCCUGCUAAGCUCCCAUUUGCCGCUGCUUUGUAUCCAUGGGGCACCUACCUUGCCCUCGCAGCGAAUAUCUUCCUUGUGUUCUUCCAGGGUUAUACCUGUUUUUUGAAUCCGUUCAGCGCCAAGGACUUUGUGAUCAACUACAUCCUGCUUCCUGUCUUCGUUUUGUUCGUCAUUGUAUAUAAGUUCUGGAACAAGACAAAGUGGGUUAAGCUGGAAGACAUGGAUAUCUGGACUGGCCGGCGACACUUCGAAGAGUCGGAGGAAGAAGUUCCGAAGGAGAAGAGCUGGUGGGCUCGGACCUAUGCCGUGGUUAUAGGGUAA